UUGCGUUUUUUGGUACUGUUUUGUUUGGAUCGUUUAAUCUUAUGAAAAUUGUUUUGGUUUAAACAGUUCAAAAUAACAAGUGGUCCCGGUUGCCCCGAAUUGCGCUCGGCAUUGCUGUGAUACGAUGCAGAAAAUGAGCUUCUUCAACAUGGCGGAAGCAACCAGUUCUGCGACAGCGCCGGAGACGCCGGGCAAGCGACAAUUCGUUAAAGUAAACGAAUCGGUGUUUGUCAGCGAAAUCAAAAAGCGGCCAAUCUUGUACAACGUUAUGCACAAGGACUACAAGCGUAUCACAGUGCGCAACGAAGCCUGGCAUGCGGUGGCAAUGGUGAUGAAGCUGUCCGUGCCGGAGUGCAAGAAACGGUGGCGUAGCAUGCGGGAUGCUUUCCAGAAGAAUAUGCGCAACAAGGGCGAGGAGGAACGCAAAUCCUGGGUACACUACAGGUUGCUCGAGUUUCUGCUUCCUUUCUACCAGACCGGGUUCCCAAAACGGCGGCACAAAUCAAGCGUAGAUUAUAGCGAGUACAAUGAGAACAGUAACGAUUUCGAUUACUUGGGACUGGACAACGAACUGGAUCUGUACGGCGACGAGCCGGUAACGGUUUCCUACGUCACCGAAGAUGGCAAAGAGCUGUUUCAGAUCUUGCACAGGCCCAACGAUUCGGAGCUUCCGGAAAGUGUCGUGGCUGAGGACGAGGAAGAGCAGGAUGAUUUGGAUGAAAUCGAAUCUGAGGGCCUAUUGCCUACCAGUUUAUUGCGACCGCAGCACGGACCGUCGCUUACCGAGGAACACCAGCAGAACGGUGAGCUACCAGUACCUCCCAGCAGCGAAAGUUACCUGGUAACUAGCGAAGAAGAGGAUGUGAGCGAAUCGGAAUCCAUACUUUACGAGGAACGGCUCAAUUCUACGAUGCUUGACUUUUACAAGCCAGGAGAGGUUGAAAGCGUCGACGGUGAAAUGUGGAAAAAAAUAUCCGACAACAUCCAGGAGGCUCCAAAGGAGUGCUACGAAUCGGCUGCGGAAACGAUCGAGUGCACAGAUCAAUGUCUUUCAAGGCGCGCCCGAAAACGACCGAAACUGAAACCGGAAGUAAGUCGAAGCCUUGCGCUUGAGAAGUGCGAAGCAUACUCUACGAUGCAUACUGUGGCGGAACCCAACCGGAUAGAAUCGACCGAAUCCGUAGCAGCAUCCCCUGCCCCACCAACACUACCUGCUGCACCUUCGCCUCCACAGCGCGAGGAGGAAUCGCGCAGUCAGGGGAGCAAAGAAAUGGACGCUCGGCUCGGCAUCACCGAUCCGGACGAGCGGUUUCUUAUGUCCUGUGCGCCGAUCUUGCGCCGGUUACCAAACAAGAAAAACCUAAUCGCCCGACUCCGGAUACAGCAACUCUUGUACGAGCUCGAAUACGACGAGAAAUACGACAGCGGAACGUAGGUGUAUGAUAUAUAGGAUAAUUGUUUCUGUUUCCCGGGAAAUAAGAAAGCUCGGUAGCUUCUAUGAGAUUGAUACGCUUAAUAUUCAAAAAUCAAUUUUUAUCUAAAUCUGUAACUAUUUUUUAAGCUUUCAAAUUAAAAACGAAAAACAUAAUCGCCCCAAAGUGAAUCGUUCUCUUGUACAUGAUUGUAGUCCGAAGUAGAGAAGUGAGAGAUUGGUGGCGGUUCUAUCAUUACACAUACAUUCCUCUUACAUUGUGGCAAUCUAUUUAAUGAUAAAAUUUGUAAUAAAAUUAGU